ACGUCACCGCCUUCCCGAUUCAUUGUCGACAUGGCGCAGGCGGAGGGGCAGCGCGUAGUUAACGAAGAGUAAACCUUGUGAAAUUCAGUUUUACAGCAAGGACGACGGAGAAAGUUGAAGUCUAGCAGGAGAAUUUCAUUUUUAUAAGGGUUUAAACUUCAGUCCGGCUUUUGGCUUAACUAAAAAGACUGAAGAUGAUGUCCGAUGCCAGUGAUAUGUUGGCAGCUGCUUUGGAGCAAAUGGAUGGCAUCAUAGCAGGCUCCAAAUCACUUGACUAUUCCAAUGGGAUGUUUGACUGCCAGUCUCCAACCUCACCGUUCAUGGGAAGCCUGCGGGCACUGCACCUGAUCGAAGAUCUGAGGGGGGUUUUGGAGCUCAUGGACACAGAGGAGAGAGAGGGACUCCGCUGCCAGAUACCCGACUCGACAGCACACAGUCUGGUGGAGUGGCUACAGGGACACCUAUCAAAUGGGCACAUUUCAGUGACUGGUGAUAUUUACCAAGACAGACUUAAUCGGCUUGAAACUGACAAGGAAUCCCUUGUGCUUCAGGUGAGUGUCUUGACAGACCAAGUGGAAGUCCAAGGAGAAAAAAUAAGAGACCUAGACUUGUGCCUCGAGGAACACCGUGAAAAACUGAAUUCCACUGAGGAAAUGCUACAACAGGAGCUUAUCUGUAGGUCAGCGCUUGAGACCCAGAAGCUAGAUCUAAUGGCUGAGAUUUCCAAUUUGAAGCUAAAGCUGACUGCCAUGGAGAAGGAGAGAAUAGACUUUGAUGGAAGAUUCAGAGAUAGUGAGGGUUUGAGCCUAGAGAUAAAUGAGCUGAGGUAUCGCAUUUCUGAGAUGGAGACCGAACGGAUGCAGUAUGAGAAGAAACUGAAGUCUACCAAGGAGGAGUUGGCUAUAUUAAGAAGGCAGUUAGAUGGUAAAGAUGGAGAACUAAGGAGGCUACAGGAUGAGACAGGGUCCAGAUCGCCCACACCCGCAUGCUUAGAGACCACUGAGAGAGAGGAUACUUUUAAGCAGAGGCUCAAAGAGAAACAUUUGGAAGUGCAAAGAAUGAAGAAAGCAGUUGAGUCACUUAUGGCAGCCAAUGAAGAAAAGGAUCGCAAGAUUGAGGAGCUUCGGCAGUCGCUUACACGUUACAAGAAGGUGCAAGACAUGGUCAUGUCAGUGCAAGGGAGAAAAGAUAAAUCGAAAGAAGAAGAAAGCGAUGAGAGCCACAGCGACAGCUCUCUCUCCAUGUCAGCUGCAAUGUCGGUUUCCAUGGAUGCCGAGAAGUCCAUCCUGUCAUGUGCUGAGGAAGUAAAGAGUCAAGAUGAGCCAACAACGUUUGUCAGCACGCUGCAUGUCUCUUCACUCGCAUCCACACCACAACCCAGACUAGAGACUGAUAUAGACCUGGAGCCAGUGGAGUCACAGAGUGAUGCAGUGCAUCAGGAGCCAAGUCAGUCACAGGAGCCUGCCAUAAAUACCAGUCUGGAAGGGGUGGAGGUCCCCAAAUCUAGCAGCCUGAGCAAACUGGAUGGCAACACUAGUGAAAAGAGGCCUUUGGCAGUUGGAAAGAGUCCAGCAGAGAGUCGUGCUUUUGAGGAGUUCAACAAGAUUACGACCUUACCACCGAAGUCCACCAGUAGUGCCCGUGCGGUUGAAGAUGACGCUUUUGGUACAAAGAAGGCGAGAUCCUCAUUUGGACGAGGUUUCUUUAAGCUCAGAGGAGGCAAGAGAACAGCCAGUGCUCCAAAUCUUGCUGAGACGGAGCGUGACGGCAUGGACCAUCUGGAUCUUGCAGGGAUGCCGCAGAAGUCAAGCAACAGUGACAGCACACACACUCUCUCCAGCUGCCUAGAGGGCAAGAAGAAGUCUAAGGGAAUCAAAGCAUUCAUAGGAAAGCUUACAAGAAGUCAGUCAACCACAUUCACCUUGGAUGACAACUUAUCAGAAAAUGAGUUCAAGCGGGGAGGAGUCCGAGCCACAGCCGGGCCCAGACUGGGGUGGUCACGUGACCUGCACAGCACUAACAGUGAGGUGGAUGCUCCAUUUGCGCGUUGGUCCCGGGAGCAGGUGUGCGAUUGGAUGCAGGAGCAGGGACUGGGCCUGUACGUGAACCUGGCCAGACAGUGGAUUUCCUCAGGACAAACUCUCCUGCAGGCUUCUCCACAGAAUUUAGAAAAGGAGCUGGGUAUCAAGCAUCCUCUCCACAGGAAGAAACUGCAACUGGCCCUACAAGCACUGGGCUCUGAGGAGGAUGACAACAAGGGCAAACUAGACUACCAAUGGGUAACAAGAUGGCUUGAUGAUAUUGGACUUCCUCAGUACAAAACUCAGUUUGAUGAGGCAAAAGUGGAUGGGCGAAUGCUUCACUACAUGACCGUGGAUGACCUGCUGUCUCUGAAAGUGGGCAGUGUGCUGCAUCACCUCAGCAUUAAGCGAGCAAUCCAAGUUCUCCGCCUCAACAAUUACGAGCCCAACUGUCUGCGCCGUAGACCCUCAGAUGAGAACAACAUCACUCCAGCUGAAAUCUCUCAGUGGACCAAUCACCGUGUGAUGGAGUGGCUGCGUUCUGUAGAUCUGGCCGAAUACGCACCCAAUCUAAGGGGCAGCGGCGUCCAUGGAGGACUGAUGGUUCUAGAGCCUCGCUUUAACGUGGAGACAAUGGCGCUGCUUCUGAACAUUCCUCCCAACAAGACCUUGCUCCGAAGGCACCUGGCUACUCAUUUUAACCUGCUGGUGGGCUCAGAGGCCCAGCAGACGAAGCAGGAGUGUAUGGAGAAUCCUGACUACGCUUUACUCACUGCAACCGCUAAGGUCAAGCCACGAAAACUGGCAUUUGGGAGCUUUGGGACUUUGAAGAAGAAGAGGCAGGAGGAUAACGAGGAGUAUGUGUGUCCCAUGGACAUCGAGAUGCCAAAAGGACACAGUUUCCAGAAGGGAUUUAGAGGCAUGGAGCUGCACAUUUAUGAGGACGACCUAGACCGACUAGAACAGAUGGAGGACUCAGAGGGAACUGUGCGACAAAUUGGGGCUUUCUCAGAGGGCAUCAACAAUUUGACGAGUAUGCUGAAAGAUGACGAAUUUUUUAAGGAGAUUGUAACAUCGUCGCCCAACCCCAGCGUGACUGAUGAUGACUCCAAUGUUUGAGGACAUUGUUUGGGCACAACUGCCCAUAGUGGUGCUGCUGUGAUCAGAACUGACUGUGCCAACCUCUCUGCACAUAUCUCUCUCUCGCUCUCUCUCAAAAUCCGUCAGUGCUAGCUAUACCUUAUGAGUGUAUUCACCUUCUGUAAACUCCUAUAAAAGAACCAUGAUACAGUAUUUGCCAUAGUAUACAGUACAGAGUAGGUGUCAUUCUUUAAGCUAAAAUAUGGGUCACGGUUGUGAAUACAGUAUGUCUCCCUGGAACAGAUGUAUGAGUAUAUUGAAUAGUCAGUCUCGUCUUUGCUUGAAAUUGUAUGAUUACAAUGUGUUGUGCUUCAGCGACAUAUUUUAAGGAGAGUUUUUAAGGGGAAGAAUGGCAGCCCUACUGUAGUUUGCCUCCCAACUAGGGACUGGAGAUUUUAUGUAGUUUUUUUUUUUUUUCCUGCUGGCCUUCCACACCCAUCUGUUGUGUCCAUUAUGGCAAACCGAGCACAAUGACACUUUUAGCCUCUGAAUAAUAGAAUUUAUUUUAAGAAAUUAGAUUUUUAAAAAAGUAUAGUUUAAAAAAAAAACAACUUCCUGUUAAACACUCCUAGUAAGUAUUACGAAAUUCCACUAUGGUCACAUGAUGUCUGCCAUAUGUACAUUUUUCUUAAAAACUUUUCACAGUAUUUCAUAGAUCAAUACAAGGUUUAUUUGACCCUGAAUGUUGUGUAUGCUCAUAUGCUCAUUGAUGUCUGUGUUUGCUUUCAAUAUCGUUAACAUUAUGAAAACUCAGUACAUACCUUGUGAUGGAAUGGCAACCCAUACAGGUUGUAUUCCUACCUUGUGUCCAGUGUUCCUGAGAAAUACACCAUGUAAACCAUGACCCUCACCAGAAUAAUGACAUUACUGAAGAUGAAAUGUAAUGAAAACUUGCCCUGUUUGUACAGUUGCAUGUUAUUUAAGCUUUUCUCAUUUUUUUUAUAUUGUGCAUCUAUUAACAUAUCAAAAUUGUUCUUAUUACUCAUCAAAGGAUUUUUUUUUUGCCAGCCAUACUUGUGUAUUGUGUUAUUAUUCUUAUUAUGCUCAUUUGUAAAAGGCCAAUUAAUUAAACUACAGCACACUUAUUUA